AUGUUCAAGAGGUACAAGCUUAAGCCAAAAGUAAUAAAACCACUUGCAGUAAGAUCAAGAUCCAUUGGAGUUUCAAAAAGAAUAACGGACGAAAUGGUAAAGAUACUGAGCAUGCUGAGGCACUCUUCGUCAUCAGUUAGAAUGAGGGGUGCAAGAGAGGCAGAGGCACUAGAGUGCAUCUCUGAAGAAAUGAUCAGAGAGAUAAUGAAGAUGUGCAAGAGCGAAAAGAAGGAAGUUCGUGCACUCUUCUAUCGAAUUACGCAUAAAUUCCUGGGGAAAGCACUUCCAGCAGAGCUAAAGAGCUGGGAGGAGUAUAUUAUGCUAUAUUUAGAGACCAUGCUGACGUGCAGUGUGAUUGACGUCAGAAAAGACGGCUUGAAUAUGCUGGAUAUUUCCAUGAAGUAUUUCCCAGAGAAAGCAAAUGAAAUGAAGACAGAGCUAAUGGCAUGGCUGAAAAAUGAUGAAAGAAUUAUGUCGUUAGACCCGAAGUACACAAAGUGGACAUGCGACAUCAUAAAGAGACAGAAGUCAUUAAUGGCACUGCAGAAGACAAAGCAUCCAGUUGCCACAUUUGACAGCAAGAUAUACCUUCUAGAGGACAGUGUGCUUAUAAAUGACCUAUACAAAAGCACAAACUACCAGAGUAUCUAG